UGGAGGCGCGCGUCGUUCACCUGGGCGGCGCGGCGGAUGUGUCCCAGCCUCCUCUCCUCCCCCUCCCCCUCCUCUUUUGUGCUGCUGGCUCUGCGGCUCUCGCGGUGUCCCUGGAAGUAGUUCCGACACUCCCUUCCCAGGUCCAGGGUGCUACGCUGCCGGAGCCUCAUCACUUUGUGUGAUUAUUUUAUCCAUUUCUCUCAAGCCGAGAGACGUCAAGAAGUCCCUGAGGAAUGCGGCAGGGCUAGCGGAUUGCCAGGAGGACUGAAGCGGCUGAGAGAAAGCAGGCCGGAGAAAGAAAGGGCCCGAGCGAGCAAAGGCCGACGUGAAUGCCUUUGCCGUAGGAGCAGGAGGAGGAAGAAGGGAGAUUUUGCCUUCGGAAAACCCAGGCGAGGCGGCGGCAGGCAUGCGUAGUUCCUGCGCGCGGCCUCCCUCCCGGGCUUCCAAAGGGAAGGGGGAUCGAGGCUGCCUGGACUGAGGGAGGCCGCGGCGCGCGACGGAGUGAGUGCGCGAGCGAGUGCGCGAGGGGGCCCUCCUUUGGCGCGAGGCGGGGGCCAUGGGGGCGCGCGCCUGCCCUCCCGCCGCCCCUUCCCCGGCCGCCGAGUAGUGUUUGUUCCGGGAAGAGAAGACAGACAAAGGCGGGAGGGGAAGACCCUUCCCCGGCUGAGGCCUCUCCAAGCAAUUGUUUCGGCGCCGCUCCGUUUCUGCCCCUCCGAAAGCAUGAGAGGGCGGCCGAGGAGGUGUCGCUCUCCUCCUCCUCCUCCGCCACCUUCGCCUCCCCGCCGGUGAGAGCCAGAGGAGGGAAGAUGGGCGCCGUGCUGAGGAGCCUCCUCGUCUGCGGUUUGUGUUCCCUGGCGAGAGCUUCUCCUCUGUUGCUAUAUGCAAAUCGGCGUGAUCUACGACUGGUGGAUGCUGCACAGGUGAACGAGAAUGCUACAAUUGUCGUGAGUGGUUUGGAAGAUGCAGCUGCAGUGGACUUCAUCUUCAUCCAUGGCUUGAUAUAUUGGAGUGAUGUGAGUGAGGAAGCCAUUAAACGGACAGAAUUCAACAAAACGGGGAAUGUGCAAAAUGUGGUCAUUUCUGGACUGUUGUCACCUGAUGGGCUGGCUUGUGAUUGGCUGGGUGAGAAACUAUAUUGGACAGAUUCUGAAACAAACCGGAUUGAAGUUUCCAAUUUAGAUGGAUCUUUGCGAAAAGUUUUAUUCUGGCAAGAGUUGGAUCAACCCAGAGCAAUUGCCUUAGAUCCUGCAAGAGGGUUCAUGUACUGGACAGAUUGGGGAGAAGUGCCAAAGAUAGAGCGUGCUGGGAUGGAUGGGUCAGCCCGCUCAAUUAUAAUCACUGCAGACAUUUAUUGGCCAAAUGGAUUAACCUUAGAUUAUGAAGAUCAGAAGCUGUAUUGGGCAGAUGCCAAACUGAACUUUAUUCACAGAUCAAAUCUAGAUGGAACCCAUCGAGAAGCUGUUAUUAAAGGAUCUCUUCCACAUCCGUUUGCUCUGACCUUAUUUGGAGAUACACUGUACUGGACUGACUGGACCACUCGCUCUGUCUUGGCUUGUAACAAAUACACAGGAGAGAACCUGCGUGAAAUACAUUCAAACAUCUUUUCUCCCAUGGAUAUUCAUGUUUUUAAUCAACAGAGGCAACCCAAUGCUACAAAUCCGUGCGGAACCAAUAAUGGUGGUUGCUCCCAUUUGUGUUUGAUGUCUCCUGUGAAACCUUCUUACCAGUGUGCAUGUCCCACGGGUGUAAAACUCCUUGAGGAUGAAAAGACCUGCAAAGAUGGUGCCAUGGAGUUGCUCUUGUUAGCUCGAAGGACCGACCUGCGGCGAAUAUCCUUAGAUACUCCUGAUUUCACGGAUAUUGUUUUACAACUAGAAGACAUUCGUCAUGCCAUUGCUAUUGAUUAUGAUCCUGUAGAAGGAUACAUCUACUGGACAGAUGAUGAGGUCAGGGCUAUCCGGCGCUCUUUCAUUGAUGGGUCAGCUAGCCAGUUUGUUGUCCAGGCACAAAUUGCACAUCCUGAUGGCAUUGCUGUCGAUUGGAUUGCUCGAAACCUUUAUUGGACUGAUACAGGUACAGACCGUAUUGAAGUUACAAGGCUUAAUGGGACUAUGAGGAAAAUCUUAAUCUCAGAAGAAUUGGAAGAACCAAGAGCUAUAGUUCUGGAUCCUAUGGUUGGUUACAUGUAUUGGACUGACUGGGGAGAGAUUCCAAAGAUUGAGAGGGCAACAUUAGAUGGAUCAGACAGAGUUGUACUGGUGAAUACUUCACUUGGAUGGCCUAACGGAUUGGCGCUGGAUUAUGCCGAACACAAGAUAUAUUGGGGAGAUGCCAAAACAGAUAAAAUUGAGGUGAUGAACGCAGAUGGGACGAACAGGAGAGUCCUUGUGGAGGAUAAGCUGCCUCAUAUCUUUGGCUUCACACUUUUGGGAGAUUAUAUUUAUUGGACAGACUGGCAAAGGCGAAGCAUUGAGCGAGUUCACAAGCGGACAGCAGAAAGGGAGAUCAUUAUUGACCAGCUACCUGAUCUCAUGGGCUUGAAGGCUACAAAUGUCCAUCAGAUAACUGGUACAAAUCCUUGUGCAGAAUCAAAUGGGGGUUGCAGUCAUCUUUGCCUGUACAGGCCUCAAGGUUUGCGCUGUGCCUGCCCCAUAGGCCUGGAACUCAUAAGUGACAUGAAGACUUGCAUAGUCCCAGAAGCUUUUUUGCUGUUUUCUCGUAGAGCUGAUAUCAGGAGAAUCUCUUUGGAGACUAACAACAAUAAUGUUGCAAUUCCACUCACGGGAGUUAAAGAAGCUUCUGCUCUAGAUUUUGAUGUGACUGAUAAUCGCAUAUAUUGGACAGACAUUUCAUUAAAGACCAUCAGCAGAGCGUUCAUGAAUGGAAGUGCCCUGGAGCAUGUGGUUGAGUUUGGCUUAGACUACCCAGAAGGCAUGGCUGUGGAUUGGCUAGGAAAAAACCUGUAUUGGGCUGAUACAGGAACAAACCGUAUUGAAGUGUCAAAGUUAGAUGGACAGCAUCGCCAGGUUCUUGUGUGGAAGGAUCUUGAUAGUCCUCGGGCUUUGGCACUGGAUCCUGCUGAAGGGUUCAUGUACUGGACAGAAUGGGGUGGCAAGCCAAAAAUAGACAGAGCUGCAAUGGAUGGUAGUGAACGCAGUACCUUGGUGCCAAACGUGGGGCGAGCUAAUGGACUGACAAUCGAUUAUGUUAAAAGAAGAUUAUAUUGGACUGAUCUAGAUACAAACCUGAUUGAAUCAUCAAAUAUGCUAGGUCUUGACCGAGAUGUUAUAGCAGAUGACCUACCUCAUCCAUUUGGCCUGACUCAAUAUCAGGAUUACAUCUACUGGACAGAUUGGAGCCGGCGUAGCAUUGAGCGUGCCAACAAAACCAGUGGCCAAAACAGAACUAUAAUCCAAAACCACUUGGAUUAUGUGAUGGAUAUCUUAGUCUUCCAUUCAUCCCGGCAAGCUGGCUGGAAUGAGUGUGCUUCCAGUAACGGGCAUUGCUCCCACCUCUGCUUGGCAGUGCCUGUUGGUGGUUUUGUUUGUGGAUGUCCAGCACACUAUUCCUUGAACUCUGACAACAAAACAUGUAGCGCUCCUACAAGUUUCUUACUCUUCAGUCAGAAGAAUGCAAUCAAUCGCAUGGUGAUAGAUGAGCUGCAGAGUCCAGAUAUCAUCCUUCCAAUCCACAGCCUCAGAAAUGUUCGAGCCAUCGACUAUGACCCACUAGACAAGCAGCUGUACUGGAUUGACUCCAGACAGAAUGUUAUCAGGAGAUCACAAGAGGAUGGCAGCCAGAGCUUCACAGUUGUGAUGAGUCCAGUUCCAAAUCAGAACCUAGAUAUACAACCUUAUGAUCUGAGCAUUGACAUCUACAGCCGCUACAUCUAUUGGACUUGUGAGGCCACCAAUGUAAUCAACGUGACACGCCUAGAUGGGAAGCCGAUGGGAGUAGUGCUGAAAAGUGAUCAGGAUCGGCCCAGGGCCAUUGUUGUGAAUCCAGAGAAAGGGUACAUGUAUUUUACCAAUCUCCAGGAAAGGUCUCCUCCUAAAAUAGAAAGGGCAGCAUUGGAUGGAACUGAACGUGAAGUCCUCUUUUCUAAUGGACUGAGCAAGCCAGUUGCCUUGGCAGUUGACAGCCAGCUAGGCAAGCUGUUCUGGGCAGAUUCUGACUUGCGAAGAAUUGAGAGCAGUGAUCUUUCAGGUGCCAAUCGUGUAGUAUUAGAAGAUUCCAACAUACUCCAACCUAUAGGACUGACAGUGUUUGAAAAUUGGCUCUACUGGAUUGAUAGACAUCAGCAGAUGAUUGAAAAAAUUGACAUGACUCGUCAAGACAGACGUACAAAAGUUCAGGCUCGCAUUGCUCAACUCAGUGAUAUACAUGCUGUUAAAGAACUCAACAUGCAGGAAUAUAAACUGCACCCUUGUUCCCAGGAUAAUGGAGGUUGUUCACAUAUUUGUAUUGUGAAAGGUGACGGAACCACACGUUGUUCUUGCCCCAUACACCUUGUCCUGCUUCAAGAUGAACUUUCUUGUGGAGAACCACCAACGUGCUCCCCACAGCACUUCACGUGUUUCACAGGAGAGAUUGACUGCAUUCCUGUAGCGUGGCGCUGCGAUGGGUACACUGAAUGUGAAGAUGCCAGUGAUGAAAGAAACUGCCCUGUAUGCUCAGAGUCCCAGUUCCAGUGCGACAGUGGGCAGUGCAUUGACAGUGCCCUUCAGUGCAAUGGAGAACCAAAUUGCCAAGACAGCUCAGAUGAAAAGAAAUGUGAAGUGCUUUGCUUAACAGAUCAGUUCCGAUGUUCCAGUGGUCAGUGCAUUGGGAAGAACAAGAAAUGUGACCAGAAUUUGGAUUGUAGUGACAACUCUGAUGAACAAGGAUGUUACACAACUGAAGAACCGGCUCCACAAGCCAGCAGUACAAUAGGCUCUGUUGUUGGUGUAAUUCUCACUCUUUUUAUUGUCACUGCGAUGUACUUUGUCUGUCAGCGAGUAUUGUGCCCAAGGAUGAAAGGAGAAGGCGAAACAAUGACUAAUGACUAUGUGGUGCAUGGGCCAGCUUCUGUACCUCUAGGCUACGUGCCUCAUCCAAGCUCUCUCUCGGGAUCUCUUCCUGGAAUGCCCCGUGGCAAAUCUGUGAUCAGUUCACUCAGUAUUAUGGGUGGAAGCAGUGGACCUCCCUAUGACAGAGCUCAUGUUACUGGAGCAUCAUCCAGUAGCUCUUCAAGCACUAAGGGGACUUACUUCCCUCCAAUAUUGAAUCCUCCUCCAUCACCAGCUACUGAGCGUUCACAUUAUACUAUGGAAUUUGGUUAUUCUUCAAACAGCCCAUCAACUCAUCGAUCAUACAGUUACAGGCCAUACAGCUACCGGCAUUUUGCUCCUCCCACUACGCCCUGCAGCACAGACGUUUGUGACAGUGACUAUGCUCCCAGCCGGAGAGUGAUGACAACAACUGUGGGCAAAGGUUACACAAGUGAUUUGAACUAUGAUUCUGAGCCUGUGCCUCCUCCUCCAACGCCGCGCAGCCAGUAUUUAUCAGCAGAGGAGAACUACGAGAGUUGCCCGCCAUCUCCGUACACGGAACGGAGCUACUCACAUCACCUGUACCCACCACCCCCUUCUCCCUGUACAGAUUCCUCAUGAGAAAUUCCCUCCCUCCUUUGACUGCCUCCAACUCACUAGUGUAAAUAAUGAUUUCCCUUAGCAAGAGGGGGGAGGACAUGAGGUAGGGCAUAGUAUGUACAGUUAAAAUGUAUUACAUGGGGUGGGAAAGUGGGCAUGUAUAGAAGGCAGUGAUAAAAGUUAUUUAUAUAUUUUCCUAAAAACAGAGUUUGCUGCUUUGUGCCAUAAGAAAUUUUUAAAAAUUUGUAUACAAAGGGGUUUUUUUAUUUUUUCAAGUGGAACACAAGAAGAUGCCUUAAAUCAGUCAAGUGACUGACCACAUAAGGAAACGUUGCUGUUCAAUGAGCCAAAUACUAAAAAAGGGAGAGAGAGAGUGGGCUUUUUAAUAAGGAAAGGGGUAAAAGGAACCCGUCAUUUAGCAGCAUAUAUAACUAGGUGCAAAGAGCUGAAUUACCUUGCAUUUUUUAUUCUGGUCGGCCAGAAGUUCAAAUCAAACUUGAAGAAAAUUGCAGGGCAGAAAACUAACAAUACACAAAGGGCUUUGCUUUCUACAAGAAUCCAACAAUCACAGCAGUGACAAUACUUAUGCAAAGUUCUGACCAUAACAGCGCCUUGCUGCAUAUGGAAGACUGACAACGUUUUGGUUUUGACAUUAACUUUUUAUAUGGAUUUCAGACCAUUUUAUCAGAUACAUGUGAGAAAGUAGACUAAAACCCAUAAUGACGGAUCUGCCUUGUUUUUUUUACUCAUGUUCUAUUUUGAAAUGGUCAUAUUUAUUAUUAGUCUAUAAUAAAUAUUAUUAUAGACUAAAACCCAAAAGAAAUUUAUGUCAAUUACAACUUGUGAGUCUUUCACAUGCUACAGGACUCUUGGUUGUUUUUGUUCCCACAGACCAAUAAACUUCCCCACUCCUAACGUUUUGAAAAUGGCACCCUUUGUUUAUUUGAAAUCAAAUCAUUUUAUUGGUUUGUUUCCCAUUCUGGAAGCACUAGCAUUUUUCCUGGCUGUGCCUUUGUAGUUUUUUUUUUAAAUGCAACCCUUCACUGAACAUUUCCCUGUGUCGAGAUAAGAAAUAGGCCUAGACACUGUGUGUACACACUGCCUCAGUUGCCUCCCUGUUCUGUUUUAUAGGGUAAGGGAGAUGCUGCAUUCAGAUACAUGAUGGGGCCCCUGAAGUCUUGGUUACUCUCUGUUUGCAGCAUGAGACAAAAGGAGUGCACACACAUGGGGUCUGGUCCCUGUCUUAUCGCAGGUACAGCCCUGGGGGCCGAAACUAUGAAUCAAGACAUCUUUCUAUAUACACAUGUAUAUGUGUAAUAUGGAAUUAUGUUUUUACUCCCCUUCCAUUACAAUGGGAUUAUUUUGUCCUAUCAGCCCAUUGCUGUUUCCAGGAUAAUGACAAGGGUAAUUGUACCUGAGUAAGAUUCCUGCCUACUCUUCGAAAUAUUUCAGUGCUCCCCAAAGUUUUCAUAUUUUUAUAUCACAUAAUAAUAAAUAAUAAUAAUGAUAAUUUAAUGUUGAAGUAAUAGUUUAAUGUAAAUUAAAUCCUAUAUUCUUGCAGUACUUUCAGUGUAUAGUAAAUGUCACAGUAUAAAUUUAUAUAUUUAAAACUACUCUUUUUGUCUUUAAAAGGAAGCUUUUACAAUUAUUUUCCUUCACAAUAGACUCUGAAGCCCUCGAUUGUUGGUAAUACUUCUUAUUCCUGUUGGUGCAGCUAUGAUGUUUAAUCAGAUGAUCCUUGCAGAGUGACCUCAAGGUGCUGUUUGUUCUUUUCUGUCGACACUUCCAUUCUGAAGCCCAAAUCACUGUGAAUGUCUGUUAUUCGUUAUUCUUUGCCAAAGUAUUUUGUUAGCAUUCUGUAUUUUGUUUCAUUUUGUCUUUGUUCCUUCACUGAUGUGGGGGCAGCCUUUAAUUUUAUAAUAGCUUUACAUAGUACCAGAAAGGCAGUACACGAACCUGCUCUCAAUUUUCAUUUCCUGGAGUUUGCAGCGUUUUCUGUUGCUGCUAUUGCUGCAUACUGUUUAGGUGAUGAGUAUCUGAAUCAAGUGUGAAAUUUAGGAAUUCAAAAUUGCAUUUUUGGAAAGGUUCUUGCGGGGAGUCUUCUUCCUAAAGUGCUGGAGUGCAAAUCCAUGGAUGAUUGGAAGGUGGAGGUUAUCCCAGAGUAUUUUGCUUAAGUUGCAUGAGGAGGUAUCCGGUACCUUCUUGUGAAACGGUUUUGCCCAGUUGCACAGCAGUAGCUGAAUAGUGCUAAGCAUGUCUCUGCAGCACUGGCCCAAGUGCCCACAGAUGGACCAAAAGAGGUCCCAACUGGGCUACCUUUCCGCUCCUAGGACCUACAGAUGAAUGUGAUCCGCCCACUUGCAAAUAAGAUCUUGGCCAGGAUCAUUUCUGCGAUUUUUCACAGAUAUAAGAAAUGACAUUUUCUAAGAGCUGCAUUGUUCUAAUAGAUAUGCUGUGAUUGCUCCAACAAACCUGCACAGGCGAAGUGUAAAAACUUGAAGCCUAUGCUUUUAGUGGAUUGCCUCAAUACUGGCUCUCUGAUGGUGUGAAUUCCCCUUUAAUACAGGGUGAGGCAGCAUAACGUCCUUUUUUCGAAACUUAAUAAAACCCAUUGUAUGAAUGAAUCAGAUUUUUUUUAUAAUGUAGGCGCAUACCUAAAGAUUUGUUUUACCUAGUUUUGAAGAUCAAACUAGGUAGGUGUUGUCCCCCAUUCUCCAUACACUAAGUAAACCGAUUUCUGGCGUUUGUCAUGACUCUUGCCAGCAUAGCAGGCGUUAUGUUGGCAAUUCUUUCCUGGAUGUUGGUCUUGUAGGGUCCUUGGACGGUUCACAUAAACACGGGAUUUCAAAAAACCCCAUAGAAAAAAUCACAAGGGGCCAAAUCUGGAGAAUAGGCCGGCCAUUCCAAAUCUGCUUGAAAAGUAGGCCUCAAUGGCAAAAGCACGCUCCUCACUGUUCCAACGCAUGAUGGCGACUGAACUGUGUCAGGACAAAAUUUUAUACUUCUGCCUUUCGAACGAGACCACUAGCGCUCCGCUACGUCUUCAACCGACUGAAUGGCGCGCAUUUUAAAAAAGGAAGUUAUGCUGCCUCACCCUAUACCUUGUCUGUUAUAGGAUAUAUUAAUGCAACUGAAACAGUCACGGUAACCACAUUAAUAUAUGAAGCACUUUUUACUUUUCUCUUUGCCAGUCUCAGUUUAAGAUGUUUGAGACUUGCAAUCAUUGCCAGCUUCUGAGUAUUUUGUUUCCUGGACAUUUUUGCAAACUUCAGUACUAUUUAAUUUCAGCUUCCAGAAGCUGAGUUUACUCUAGGAACAAUCAUUUGGAUCUAAUGAAAAUAAACUGUGUGCCCGAAAGUGCCCUUUACACAAAGUUGACUUUGUUUCCUAGUUUUAAGCACAUCAAAUUGGAAAUUCAUUUGGUUUAUUGAACUUGACUUCCAAAGGCAUGUACAUCAAGAUUGCAACCCUGCAUUUAGAAUUAUGAGCCCCCGCUGGUGCAGUGGGUUAAACCCCUGUGCCGGCAGGACUGAAGACCGACAGGUCACAGUUCGAAUCCGGGGAGAGGCGGAUGAGCUCCCUCUAUCAGCUCCAGCUCCUCAUGUGGGGACAUGAGAGAAGCCUCCCACAAGGAUGAUAAAAACAUCAAAUCAUCCGGGCGUUCCCUGGGCAACGUCCUUGCAGAUGGCCAAUUCUCUCAUACCAGAAGCAACUUGCAGUUUCUCAAGUCGCUCCUGACACGAUUAAAAAAAUAUAAUUUAGAAUUAUUUUCAGGCUUCACUUUACACAGAUUCUGCAAAAACAUUGGAUAACAGGUGUUCCAUUUCAAAUUCUUGAAGCUCUAUAGUUGUUUGGCUCUUCUGUACAGGAAGGGUAUGCAUGGAUGAGGUCUGAAAAAUUGAUAUGUUGUAAACAAAAGAAAUUUCCCUGCAGUGAUCACUAUGUCUUAGCUGGAAUGAUAUGAAAAAACUCAAUGUUUGCAUCAUUAAGUGUACACCAUUCUGAGAAGGAGUUAGUAUGUUAUUCUUGUGGAUUCAGAGUAUUGCUUUGUCGCAGUCUAACUGCUUGUACUGUAUUAGCAACAAUCUUCUUGCAAAGUGUGUAUCUGUGUCUAUUUCUGUUAUAAGGUGGUUGAGCUUAUGCUGUAGUAUUUUCUUCCUGUGGCAGAAACCGGAUUCCCUGCCUCCUGUGCAUUUAGAACGGUUAAGAAUCUUAUGUGAUCUUCCAGAUGUUGUAGAACUGGAAAUGAUGGGAGUUGCAGUUCACGCACCUAGAAAGCGUGUGUGUGAUGUAUACUUAGUUUGAGGCAUACAAAACUAAAGAGUUACUUAGUUUUGUAUGAUAGGCAACUGUCAGAUUUCAGUGAAAUAUAAGAGGCAACCCCAGAAAGUAAGCCGCUAUCUUUGCCUUCUCCCAAAUGCUGCUUUGACUCAACAGUAAUAACGUUGGAACAAGGAAAUCAAUUGCCUAUUAGUUCCAUAACUGCACGUUAAAACAAAUGAAUCCUAGAAUUCAAUUGUUGUUGGAGACAAAUAGCUUCCUUUUCAAUGAAAAAAAAAUGUUUGGUCACAGGCACUAGGCUAUGUAAGCUUGGCAUUUCCUCUAUUUUUCUUCAGUGCCAUUUCUGCCUUUUCCUGUAGUUAAUCCCUUGUAUAUCACUAGUACUCUGUGCAAACCUUUUGUUUAGAAGGAAAUGUACUCGGGUCGUAAAGGGAGUGAAACUGCAACAGCCUCCUUCUUGGACCAAAAGGGGGGGGGGGAGACACAUACUGAAUAAAACUAAAGAAAAGCUAUUUCUUUCUCUUGGGAGGACAGUUAUUUUGAGGCUUUCCUGAAAGCCUAUUCUGCUCUGUUUUCUUGUGUCAACAUCAUUUUAGGAGGAUUGCAUAAAUUGCCACUUUGUCAUAUGUAUAGGGCACCCAAAAUGCUAUUGACCCUUUAACCAGGAAAAAAAGUUUCGAAAGAUUCAAAUGCUUGAGUUUAAUUGAAUACUUGAGUUUAAUUGAAAACAGGUAAUAGAUAAAUUUAGUAAAACCACACCUACCUGUGGUGUAAGCAGAUAAUAAUUAUAAAUCCAAACCCACUGUGCAAACGUGCAUACUUUAAAUGUUGUUUGCUUCUGCUCUCAACUUCCAAUAACUCAAAAUCAUGUACUUUUUUGUAUUUUGAAUAUACUCAUAAUGAAGAACUGCAUUGUAAAACACAUUUGUCUGGCAGCUUCUCACAAAAUUUAAACAAGGAAAGGGGAAAACAGGUGUAUGUAGGUACGGCUGUCUUCUUACAAUUUGGGGGCAGGGGUGGGAAAGAAGAUGGCAAUUGAAAUUUGUCUCCUUACAGAGGCUUCGACGGGUAGUAGGAAUCUUCCAGUUGAUCAUUGAGUUAAAUCUGUCACUGACUUUAGCUGACCAGGGGGAAAUGAAUCAUUUCAUUUAUAAAGAGGAUACUAUCUGUCAUAAGCUGAACAUACCUUGUGUGCAAGUGAAGGAUGUGGUCCUGCUUUUGAACUUCUAAAUGUGUUAAAGCUUUUUUUUAUUAAUCUGUUGCCGUCUUUUUAAAAACCAGCUAGCAUGUUCAUAGAUUUCGACACAGUGGUGCUUUGCAAGGAUGUAUUAUAAUGACCAACAUUUGGUCAGCCCUCUUCAUUCAUUCACUAACACUUUUUUAUAUUGUAAAAUAAAAACACUUUAUUUGAAAACUGUAUAUAUCCCAUGUACAAAACUCCCCACUCCUUUUCCAAUUAUUAUACAUGGAGUUGUAACAAAUAAAAUGUUGAUUUUUUUAUAA